GGGGGGCCAUACCACAUAAGAUGUUGCCCUUCUCCACACUACCUGGUGUUAAAGCUCAUUAUGGGGACCCUUUCAAACUGGGGUUGGGAUUGGAAUUGAGACCCGUAACUGAAAUUUCAAGGGCUGGGCUCUGGCCCUGGCGGGCAUCUGACAUAAAGCAAGAUAGCCCAGGGCAGCACAUACGGGCUGUCCUAAGUCCUUGUCAACGCAUUAGUCACUGAGUUCUCAUCACAGUCCAGUGAUGAGAUCCAGCCGGGCUGAGCGCUCACCCGGCUUCUCCAGACCUUCAGGUCCACCCUCGCCCUGCUUCUCCCGAGCACCUCUGGCCCCUGGCCUGUCCAUUGCUGGAGCUGUCCCCUUGGCGAGGCUCCUGGGAGGCCCAUGCUGCCAUGGCAGUCAGGGCCAGCGUCGGAGGUUUGGAACGGAUGCGAAACGGGGUGCCCAGGUGGCAAGAUGCCUCUGUGCUCAGGGAAGCCACCUCCCAGCUUGCGGGUGGGUGCAGCAGAGGCCUGCGUGACCUUGCUGCUGACAUUCCUCAGAGGCCACGUGGCCCCAACUGGCAGGGACAGCUGCAGACAGGGGCUGAACCAGCUUUGUUCCCAGGGUGGCGCCUGCUCUCCCUCCAGGCCCUGCUCUGGCUUCCACCCCAUACUGCUUUUGUUCCUGGGUUCAGGGGGCAGCCGGCACUGUGAGUCCUGCGCCAUGAGUGCCUAGAGGCACAGAGCCACCAGGGGUCACCCCACGUGGGGCACAGGGCUUGGGGAGGAUGGGGCAGGACCAGACCAAGCAGCAGAUUGAGAAGGGGCUCCAGCUGUACCAGUCCAACCAGACAGAGAAGGCACUGGAGGUGUGGAUGAAGGUGCUGGAGAAGAGCUCGGACCUCAUGGGGCGCUUCCGCGUGCUGGGCUGCCUGGUCACGGCCCACUCGGAGAUGGGCCGCUACAAGGAGAUGCUGAAGUUCGCUGUGGUCCAGAUCGACACGGCCCGGGAGCUGGAGGAUGCCGACUUCCUCCUGGAGAGCUACCUGAACCUGGCGCGCAGCAACGAGAAGCUGUGCGAGUUUCACAAGACUAUCUCCUACUGCAAGACCUGCCUCGGGCUGCCUGGCACCAGGGCAGGUGCCCAGCUCGGAGGCCAGGUCAGCCUGAGCAUGGGCAAUGCCUUCCUGGGCCUCAGCGUCUUCCAGAAGGCCCUGGAGAGCUUCGAGAAGGCCCUGCGCUACGCCCACAACAACGACGACGCCAUGCUGGAGUGCCGCGUGUGCUGCAGCCUGGGAAGCUUCUACGCCCAGGUCAAGGACUAUGAGAAAGCCCUGUUCUUCCCCUGCAAGGCCGCAGAGCUCGUCAACGACUAUGGCAAAGGCUGGAGCCUGAAGUACCGGGCCAUGAGCCAGUACCACAUGGCCGUGGCCUAUCGCCUGCUGGGCCACCUGGGCAGUGCCAUGGAGUGUUGUGAGGAGUCCAUGAAGAUCGCGCUGCAGCACGGGGACCGGCCACUGCAAGCACUUUGCCUACUCUGCUUCGCUGACAUCCACCGGAGCCGUGGGGACCUGGAGACGGCCUUCCCCAGGUAUGACUCCGCCAUGAGCAUCAUGACCGAGAUCGGAAACCGCCUAGGGCAGGUGCAGGCGCUGCUGGGUGUGGCCAAGUGCUGGGUGGCCAGGAAGGCGCUGGACAAGGCUCUGGACGCCAUCGAGAGAGCCCAGGAUCUGGCUGAGGAGGUGGGGAACAAGCUGAGCCAGCUCAAGCUGCACUGUCUGAGCGAGAGCAUCUACCGCAGCAAAGGGCUGCAGCGGGAACUGCGGGCGCACGUGGUGCGGUUCCACGAGUGCGUGGAGGAGACGGAGCUCUACUGCGGCCUGUGCGGCGAGUCCAUAGGCGAGAAGAACAGCCGGCUGCAAGCCCUGCCCUGCUCCCACAUCUUCCACCUGAGGUGCCUGCAGAACAACGGGACCCGGAGCUGCCCCAACUGCCGCCGCUCAUCCAUGAAGCCUGGCUUUGUGUGACUCCCAGCAGUGGGCAUGGGCUUCCUCCUCGACGCUCCUGCUUUUUCUCCACUGCCUGCUGGAGGCCCAUUUACUCCCUUGGGGCAGUUGCCAGCGCGUCCUCACCAUAGCCAGGGCCUGGGGCCUGCCCACGGCUGCUCCCCUGGGCCCAGCUCCCCUCCCUGCCUCUUUGUACUUUGCUCUUUAUAGAAAAAUAAACUGUUUGUACCUGG